UUCCACAGUCUGUUGGUCGGGCACGUAUAUCAAAGCACGCAGAGCUGAUAUUUUCUGUUAUUUUGGAAUUUCCCCCCAAUAUUCUUUGAGCUAUGCAACAGGUCUUCCAAGGAAUAACUGGACAAUCAAUACAGAUUAAUUGUUCCAACCGCGCAUGUGCAUAACUGGCUGAGCAAAACACCGAUAGUUUACUUUCAUGUUAACUCUGGGCCUAAUUGAUUGUGAAUCCACUUCAAUAAAGUUUGUUUUUCUCUCCGUGGAGCCAACCAGAGAUUAAGAUCUGCAAAAAGAACAUGGCGGUCAACUAAGGCAUCGGACAUCUAACCCAGACAUGAAGCGACAGAAUGUACGAACGCUUUCUCUUAUCGUCUGCACAUUCACCUAUCUUCUAAUUGGUGCUGCUGUAUUUGAUGCUCUCGAGUCCGAAAACGAAAUCAACCUUAAGAAUGAGCUUUUACAACAUGAAAAGAAAAUGAUAGAGAAAUUUAAUAUCAGCGAAGAAGAUUUCGAGAAAAUUCGAAUCAAUGUUUUACAUUCCAAACCGUACAAGGCUGGGGUACAGUGGAAAUUCUCUGGAGCCCUAUACUUCUCUCUUCUGGUUGUGUCCCUAAUAGGCUAUGGUCACAGCACUCCAAAGACUGUCUUCGGCAAACUAUUCUGUAUGGGGUACGCCCUUGCCGGAAUCCCUCUUUGCAUGAUCAUGUUUCAAAGUGUUGGUGAAAGACUCAAUACAUUUGUGACCUAUAUUCUGAAAAAUAUCAAAAAGUGUUUCAGGUUUAAAAAAACAGAGGUCUCUCAAACGGACGUUUUAUUUAUCACUCUAAGUCUGUCGUCCUUGAUUUUAACAACCGGAACGUUGCUGUUUUCUGAACUAGAGAACUGGUCCAUCGUUGACUCCGUGUAUUACUGCUUUAUUACACUCACGACCAUCGGGUUCGGGGACUUCGUCGCCAUGCAGAAGGAUAACAUCCUCCAGACACGUCCAGGAUACGUAUUAUUUGUGCUGCUCUUCAUCCUGAUUGGGCUGACCGUCAUCUCCGCAGCCAUGAACCUGUUAGUUCUUCGUUGUUUGACUUUAAACAGCGAAGACGAAAAAAGGGACGAAAUGGAGGCUGCAGAGGCCGCGCGAAAUGCCGUGCGUUUGAAUGGUGACGUCAUCACCGGAAAUGGCGGAGUAGUCUCAAAUGCAAAUGAGACACCGGAGUACCAAGACACCGUUUCCGUGUGUUCUUGUUCUUGUUACAAAUGGCGAUCGCCUAACAGCGGGAAAAUAUACAAUUCGAACCCCAAUAUUAAUCACGUGACGUCAUUCAGUGUUGCUAAAGAGGAUGAAAUGUCAGAGGAAACAGACUCAUUUCUUCAAUGGCAGAGAGCAAAGCGAGCCUCCUUUUGAAGUGAAACAGUCAGCAAACACCACUUUGUGCCAUAUAAGAUAUAACUUAAAAGACGUACAUGUACGCAUAACAUGCAAAAUUCGAGCCUUAAAGUACAUGUAUAAAUGUAGCUGCUAUGUUCAUGGCAAUAAAAAAAAAUCAUAAUAAUGAUAUUAUAAUGAAAA